ACCGAUGGGCGCGAUCGGCACAUCGAGCUGAGACUGAUGUUUAGCCCAGAGUCGGGCCGGAACAUGGUCUGUGUCAUUGACAACGGCAAGGGCAUGACGUCGAGAGAGCUGAACGAGUGGGCCAUCUACAGACUGUCGAAGUUCACCAGGAAUAGCCGGCGGAUGGACGGGCGGGCGGCCGGUGACGCCGCGGCAGACGACGAGCACGUGCCGCGCUUCCUCAAUAGCGACAUCUCCUAUUUUGGCGUCGGUGGCAAGCAGGCGGUCUUCUUCAUCGGCACGUCAACGCGCAUGAUUUCAAAGCCGGCUGACUCGGAGGACGUUCACGAGCUUCUAAUAUCGAAGGAAGACUUUGAAGCAAAGGAGAAAAACAAGGAGGCGAUAUAUGAAGGCUUCAUCAGAAACAGAAAGGUCGGCGACGGCAGCCACCUCGCGCGGGCGACGACGCUGACUCCUGCGCGACCUUUGUUGCCGAGGAAACGCGAACUCUACCACUUACUACAUUCCACGGUCCGGGAACGCGAAACAGCAGUUAAGACUGACAGCGGGAGGAAGCCUCCAGUCAUUCUAAGAACAUCGACAUUGAGCUGGCCGAUGCAGAUGCUGAGUAGUCCCCUGACUUCUGCCGCCGGUUUCACGGUGACGAAGCAGUAUUGA